AUGCCCACCCCUACUCAACAGUAUGGUAUGGAUUAUGAGGAGGCAUUUGCUCCUGUUGCAAAAAUGACUAUUAUUCGUACUCUUAUUGCAAUAGCUUCGGUUCGUCAGUGGCGUAACUCUCAACUUGAUGUUAAAAAUGCCUUCCUGAAUGGAGAUUUUCAAGAAGAGGUUUAUAUGGCACCCCCUCCUAGUGUUUUACAUGAUUCUGGGUAUGUUUGCAAGCUCAAGAAAGCGUUUGAUGCAGGUCGUAUCAUUUUAUCUUUAUAUGUUGAUGACAUGAUUAUUACUGGUGAUGAUAUUGAUGGUAUUUCAGUUUUGAAGAUAGAGUUAGCUAGACAGUUUGAAAUGAAAGAUUUGGGUUCUCUACGAUAUUUCUUGGAUAUUCUUGAGCGGGCAAGACUUACUGAUAAUAAGAUUGUUGAUACUCCAAUUGAGGUUAACACAAAGUAUUUUUCUUCUGACGGUUUACCUUUGUCAGAUCCUACUUUAUACCGUACUAUUGUUGGGAGCUUGGUAUAUCUCACUAUUACUCGUCCAGAUAUUACAUAUACUGUUCAUAUUGUUAGUCAGUUUGUUGCUUCUUCCACUACAGUUCAUUGGGUAGCUGUUCUUCGCAUUUUGCGAUAUUUUCGGGGUACAGUCUUUCAGAGUCUGUUAUUUCCAUCCACCUCCUCCUUGGAGCUGCGUGCAUACUCUGAUGCUGAUCAUGGCAGUGAUCCCACAGAUCGUAAGUCUGUUACUGGUUUCUGUAUCUUUUUGGGUGAUUCUCUUAUUUCUUGGAAAAACAAGAAGUUUUUCUUUCUCAUCCCACUCCUAUGUAUUGCGACAACCAAAGUUCUAUUCAGAUUGCUCACAACUUGUUGGCAAACUCUCGAUGCUUGCAGUUGCCGCAUCGUGAGUUUGAGGGGAGAUGUUAAGAAAUAUAGGAUUAUUUAUUAUUCGUUAAGGCCAUUGCUGUACACCUUCAUUAUAGAAAUAGGGAGAAAAUGGGACAACAUUCUUGCUGCAACAAACAAAGGUGAAGAGGGGACUGUGGUAACCAGAGGAAGAUGA